UAUAUAACUCUCAUAUCUCAAAAAUAACAAACGCAUUCCUUGACGACGGUCCAAUGGGGGACAAAAAUAAGGACGAUAGCUCUAGCCAAAGCAAAGCAGUGCGUAAGGAAAAAAGAGCGUUCCUUUUCAGGAAAUGGACCCGGGUUGAUGUAAUGAGAGUUUCGGCUGUUGGGGCUGUGCAUCUAUUGUGUCUAUUGGCUCCGUUUAACUACACAUGGGAAGCUUUCCGGUUUGCUGCUAUGGUCGGUAUAUCGACUAAUCUCAGCAUUACAUUUUCAUACCAUAGGAACUUGACUCACCGAAGCUUUAAGCUUCCUAAAUGGCUUGAAUAUCCAUUCGCUUACUCUGCCCUUUUCGCGCUUCAGGGUCAUCCAAUAGAUUGGGUGAGUACACAUAGGUUCCAUCACCAGUUCACAGAUUCGGACCGUGACCCACAUAGUCCUAUCGAAGGAUUUUGGUUCAGUCACGUCUUUUGGAUAUUCGACACCAGUUACAUCAGAGAAAAGUGUGGAGGACGUGACAACGUGAUGGACUUGAAGCAACAAUGGUUCUAUAGGUUUCUUCAAAACACAAUUGGUCUCCACAUCUUAACAUUUUGGAUCCUCGUCUAUUUAUGGGGUGGUCUACCUUACCUAACUUGGAGCGUGGGUGUUGGAGGAGCAAUCGGUUACCAUGCGACUUGGCUCAUAAACUCGGCAUGCCAUAUUUGGGGUUCGCGAGCAUGGAACACUAAGGACACCUCUCGUAACAUUUGGUGGCUAGGGCCAUUCACGAUGGGAGAGAGCUGGCACAACAACCACCAUGCCUUUGAGGCGUCGGCUAGGCACGGGCUGGAAUGGUAUCAGGUAGACUUAACGUGGUACCUCAUUUGGUUCUUCCAGGUUCUCGGUUUAGCCACAGAUGUCAAAUUGCCUACCGAUGCUCAGAAGCGAAAAAUGUCUUUAGCUCGUUAGUCACAAGCUCUAUAUCUAUGAAUCUAUCUAUUUCGUUAAUUAUAUGUGUAAUCAUCACUCGCUCAUCAUUUGUUAUUUUAUAUAAAACUAUCAAGAAUGAUAUGUUCUCAAGAACUUGUAUCCAGUUGAUGUAACACCAUCUAAGUAUAUUUCAUGUUGUAUGAACAGUGAAAACCGAUAUAAUACAUGAUCUUGAAACAGU